AUGAUAAUAACAACUCUUUUGGCAUUAUUAUUUCAGGGUUUGGACUUUGCAAUCUCCGAGGCCAAGAAGCAUGGAGUGUAUCUGAUACUCAGUUUUGUGAAUAACUAUGCGGAUUUUGGUGGGAGGAAGCAGUACGUUCAGUGGGCCAAGGACAUGGGGCAGUCCUUGAGCUCCGAUGAUGAAUUUUAUUCGAACGACGUCGUCAAAGAGCUCUACAGGAACCAUGUCAAGACUGUUCUGACGAGGGUCAACACGAUCACGGGAGUAGCGUACAAAGAUGAUCCUACCAUCUUUGCAUGGGAACUCAUAAACGAACCCCGCUGCCAAAGUGACCUCUCGGGCAGGACACUGCAGAAUUGGAUCGCGGAAAUGGCUGAUCAUGUAAAAUCCAUAGAUAGCAACCACAUGCUGGAAAUCGGGUUGGAAGGGUUUUAUGGGGAAUCAGAUCCCGAAAAGAAGCAAUUCAAUCCCGGCUACGAGGUCGGUACGGAUUUCAUCUCCAAUAAUAUGAUCUCUGGAAUCGACUUCGCCACCAUUCAUGCCUACCCUGAUCAAUGGAUAUCAUCAGGUUCCGAAGACGCCCAAAUGGCAUUCCUGAAGAGCUGGAUUCAGUCCCAUACGGACGAUUCUGGUGCGAUCAUCAAAAAGCCUUUGAUGAUCACAGAAUUUGGGAGGUCCUCGAAGACCUCGGGGUACACGGAAGGAGAGAGGAACGCCGUCUACUGGGCCGUGUACAACAUGAUCUUCGACUCGGCCAGAGAAGGGGGCUCAUGCGCGGGAGGGCUGUUCUGGCAGGUGCUGACCGAGGGGAUGGAUGACUUGAAAGAUGGCUACGAGAUCAUAUUAUCGGAGAGCUCCUCCACCGCAACCAUCAUUUCCCAGCAGUCCCGCAGGAUAUCCAUUCUCGACUAG